CACACCAAUCUCUGAUAGCAAAAACUCGUUUUUUGCUUUCCCUCUGUGCGAACUGCGAAGCUCAAAAGCUUCGUCGUUUCGUUUUCACCACGUCGUAUUGUUAUUGCCGUUGCUAUUUUUUUACCUGUCGUUUUAUUGGUUCGGCUGUAAUGGAGAGGGUCCUUGGAGGAAAGUUUAAAGUCGGUAAAAAAAUUGGGAGCGGAUCAUUCGGUGAAAUUCACAUUGGGGCACAUAUCGAGACUUCUGAAAUUGUGGCCAUCAAGAUGGAGAACAGGAAAACCAAUCAGCCACAGCUACAGUUUGAGGCCAAGUUAUAUAGUACUCUUCAAGGAGGAAGUGGUAUUCCAAGAAUGAAAUGGUGUGGUACUGAUGGAGACAGCAAUGUUCUUGUUAUUGAACUUCUCGGACCGAGUCUUGAAGACCUCUUUUUCUUCUGUGGGAAUAAAUUUUCACUCAAAACAGUUUUGAUGUUGGCUGAUCAGUUGCUUACAAGGAUAGAGUACUUGCACUCCAAAGGAUUUUUGCAUAGGGAUAUCAAACCGGAUAACUUCCUUAUGGGUCUUGGGAAGAAAGCAAAUCAGGUUUAUAUGAUUGAUUUUGGACUAGCAAAAGAAUAUAGGGACCCUUUCACAAAUAAGCAUAUCCCUUACAGAGAGAACAAAGGCUUAACAGGGACUGCACGUUAUGCAAGUUACAAUGCUCACUCAGGAAUUGAGCAAAGUCGUCGAGAUGAUUUGGAGUCUCUUGGCUAUGUUUUAAUGUACUUUUUAAGAGGAAGCUAUGAAGGGCUUGACUUCUUGGUUCUUGCAUUUUUUAGCCUUCCUUGGCAGGGUUUGCAAGCUGUCACCAAAAGGCAAAAAUAUGACAAAAUUUGCAAAAAGAAGUUAUCAACUCCCAUUGAGAUACUAUGCAAGUCAUAUCCUGUGGAAUUUGCUUCUUACUUUCAUUACUGCCGCUCCUUGACAUUUGAUCAACGGCCAGAUUAUGGUCUUUUAAAGCGCCUGUUUCGUAAUUUGUUCACUCGUGCAGGAUAUGAUUCUGACUAUUUAUUUGACUGGACCAUUCUAAAAUAUCAACAGAUGCAACAGGAAAAGACACAAAGUCAACCACCUGCUCCACUAGCUGUGCCUACCAGUCUUGAACCAGUGGAUGAGGAUAAUCAUAAAGGAGUCAAUGAUUCCAUUAAAAUUGCUGUGGCAACACCAAAAGUCAAUGUUGAUCAUCAACGUGUUUUUAAGACAACGGCAUCUAAUGUUCAGAAUCUUAAUGCCAAGAUUCCAGAGAAACAUAUUGUGAACAAUGGUUCAUCUGUGCCAACUGCUAUGCCCAGAGUUUCCAUAGAAAAUGCCACAAAACAAGUAAGGCCUGCAGGAACCUCAAAUGUGGGUCAUGGAUUAGGGAAUAAGACUGGUGCUUCAGGAUGCAUUGUUCCUUCACUACGCCGAACUUCGUCAACCAGACAAUAGACAUGGAUUUUGAAGGUGUCACCAAUUUACCCGAGCAUGACACAAUCCUAUCAAAUGCAUUGGUGGACAACAUAACAUGCUCAGUGAGAUAAAUGUCCUCAUUAAAGAUUUUGGGAAGAGGGAAAAAGUAGGGUAUGGAGAAAGUUGAAGACUAUGAUGGUAGCUGUUGCCUGCAGAGAGGGAACGUGGUCAAUAUGGAAGGGAUUCAACUCAACUAUCUCCUGACAUGAUUUCCCAUUUGAAAAAUAAUAUUCAGCUCAAAAUAACUACAACAACAAAGUCUUAUCUUAUUGGAGUGAGAUCAAUUAAAAUAAUCACACGACACUAUUAUGUUCAAAAUAACAACAACAAAAAAAAAAACUAACCUAUUAAUUGGGGGGUUGGCAUUUGCUCUGUAUUUGUGACGAAUCAAACAUGCAUGGGUGAAGAGAUGUGGCAAUCCUUCUUUUGGUCACGGUCAUCUAUCAAUCAAUAUUUGUUUUUCUUUGAAGCUUUUUGCCUAUGACUAUGUACAGUUAAAUUUGUCGGUUUACAUUUAAUAUUUAAUAAUUUGUUUAAAAA